AACAGGCGGGGACAGUCACAAAAGCUCAAAACUUGACCAGUAACUUGCUAGAAACGGAAAUUGCUAUGCGCCGUGUGCCCAACGCAGCUGCUGUUUCUAUGAGUCAUGUGCGCUGUGUUGCAUCUUUAAAGGGCAGCUGCGCCGUGACAGUCGCCAUGCGGCCACGGACGGUCGCCUGUUGCCUGAGCCAAGCCUCGGGCAGCAGCGACGAGAGGUUUUACGAGCCCGCACUAAGCUUCCCCAGCGCUAUCGGCAAGCCAGAGGUGGACGCGGUCAAAGCCAUGGUCCAGAACAAUUUCAGCGAUGAAGUUAUCCUCAGCAUACUCCAGGCCCUGGUGGCGAAGGCUGUCGCGCCUGUGAAGGACGAACUGGUGCUCCGCAACAUGAUGCUCAACACGCAGGUAAGCGAGCUCAACACCCAGGUGGGCGAGCCCAACACGCAGGUGGGCGAGCCCAACACGCAGGUGGGCGAGCUCAACACGCAGGUGGGCGAGCUCAACACGCAGGUGGCGCGCCUCCAGGGGGAGCUGAACCUCACCAUGGCGCAGUACCUGAACAUACUGGGCCUCCUCCACAUGCGCGGCCUAAUGGAGUACAUCCAGGACACGAUGCACACGCGCACCAACGUGCAGUGGGACACGACCAAGGCGAAAGACUGCUGGCGCGCGUACCUGGGCGAGCGCAAGAACCUGCAGGAGUGCCUGAAGAAGAACAACGUGAGCUCUACGGACGCUCCGGAUGCGCUGACGAAGAUGUACGGGACCCUGUCAACCGCAGUCUACGACUCACGGUCCCCGGAGGAGUACCAGCAGACGAACACGAAGCUGUACAUCGGCCCUCCGCUGCAGGACAGCCGGCAGCGCGCCAUGAUGGCGUGCCUGUGCAAGGACGUCAACGUGGCUUACGACUACCGGGUUUAAGGCAUCGCUAGCUCUGCUCUUUCACGCAUGCGUUCUGCUGUGUAGCAUGAACUCAUAGCGGGGGUGUCGCGUGGCGAUUGCAGGCCGGGGCUUGUGGCAGAUGUAAGGGCAAACUGGGAAUGUACCGGUAACCGCAGGGGUAUAGGUAAUGCGUUUGUUACCUGGUAGCAGCAGCACUCCCGCAGAUGUGCAAUCGGCGGGGCUUCCGAUGAACCAGCAGGCAGGCAACGACUGCAAUUUCCCGAAAGAUUCUAAACACGUUUUGUGAUUUCGUUGUUGAUACAAUGUGAAGUUUGCCGGAGCGUGGGUAGGGGGAAAGGCACGAUGCUUCGUGGCUGCGGUGUACAUUGCAUGCGCAGGGAAGUAUCAUGAUGCAGUCAGACAUGACAGUGGUAGUACCGUAUGGCCAAUUAUCUUCUUCAAUUUAUCGAAUGGCUUGCCACUAGCUGGCAGCUAGUCAUACUGACGCCUCACUUGGUUGGCGACCUGCACUGUGCUGCCAGCUAGUGGCAAACCAUUCGAUAAAUUGAAGAUAAUUGGCCAUACGGUAAGAGCCAAGGGUGUGUGUGUAUGCCGCCGUUGCGCACUUUCUGAGUGCGGCUGAACCUCGGGCCGUCGUGGCGGCGCGUUGCAAGGCGGCAGCGGCGCUGCUGGGCCCCGACAGCUGCUGCUGCAAGUGUGGCACCAAGGCCGCCAGGUACAGGCAUGGCAUGUGCGGCGCGUGCUACGAGUGGGUGCGCCGGCGCAAGUAGUGUGCAAUUGUGUGUGUGAACUGCUGUCGUUUUGAGGGCCCACGGGCCGGCCGUUUAUUUGCUGACUCGGAUGCGACAUUGCUCCGACGGCGGCUGUUGUUUUGAGGGCGCUCGGAUGCGACCUGGCUGCCGUGCAAGCAAGCAGAGUACCGGUGAAGCCACUCGGGCCUAGAUGCCCUCGCGCCCAUGGACCCACUGCAUGGUGCACUGUGCCACUUCUCACGCCUUGCCAGUGCUGGAUUGGGAACUUGCCGCUGCUCACUUGUGUGCUGGCGCAGCCCAUGUUCGUUCUCCUUCGGCACGCAGGCCGCUUGCGUGCCGGACUCGGACUGAGCCGCACUCAGUCAUACAACCUGAUUGGGACAGGGGUGCCCCUGGAUUGGAAUAGCCCAGCGACUGACCAGCUUGCCACAGGCACGCGGCAUCCGUGCCUUCCGCUCGCGGCUGUUAGAGGUGCUAAAGCGCUGCGGGGUACGUGGGCUAGUGGUGAAUGCCUUAAGUGCUGGUGGUCUGUGGACGGCUGGGCUUGGGCUGGGUUGUGCUCCAUGUUAGGUGUACGACCGUUGGGCUGCGGCCUGCCAAACAUUCAACGCCUGGACUCUGUUAAACCGUAAUACCCACCUCGACUGGCUUUCGGCAUGGCGUGGGUUGCCACGGCCUUUGCAACUGGAUAGUGGGCCAACCGGGUACUGGCCCGCCCAGCAUGCGUGUUACCAACCCUUGAGAGCCCUUCAGAGGCCUGUGCAGAUCCCUCCAGAGGCUGA